UCAUCCAGCUCAUGAGCAGAGUUAACACAGUCACAGUCAGAGCUGGGCAGCAGCGGGAUACUUUGAUUGGACACUCACCACUGAGAGGCUUCACAUCAUGGAGAGGAAUAAAAUAUCUUCCAGGAUGGAAAACAUCAAUAAUUCCUUGCUGGUUAGUCCUCAGAAUGACACCAACCAUGAGGAUCCCAGUGUCGUGAGCAAUGACUUCUCCACGACCUUGGGUGCCCUUAUCCUCGGCUUCGUCUUCCUUUUGGGCGUCCCCGGCAACCUCUUCAUUGUCUGGAGCAUCCUGGCCCGCAUCCGACGACGCUCAGUCACCACCCUCCUCAUCCUCAACCUGGCAUGCGCCGAUGGCUUCCUCAUGGCGCUCACCAUCUUCUUCAUCAUCUACCUGACCAAGCAGACGUGGAUCUUUGGCAACCCCCUUUGCAAGGCACUGUUCUACUUGUGCAACGCCAACAUGUACGCCUCCAUCUUUCUGAUCACGCUGAUGAGCGUGCACCGGAUGGUGGCUGUGCUUUAUCCACGGAAACUGUCCCGCACGAUCACCAAGAAGAUUGUGAUGAGGGUCAUCCUCGGCAUGUGGCUGUUGGUUAUGGUCAUUGCUGUCCCUUCACUUGUGUUUCGAGAUGAGAGGGAAGACAGUAAUGAGAAGAAUAAAACAAGACUGGUCUGUGCCCCUAAUCACCCCUUGCCUACACAUGUGAGGUUUCAGUAUGCUUUUGAGACGGUGUCGGGGUUCAUUCUUCCUUAUGCGGUCAUCAUCACCUGCUAUGUUCUCAUCCUGAGACGCCUCAGAAAUACCAAGUUCCAGCGAAAGGUUCGCAGCGAGAAACUCAUCUUGGCUAUCGUGGUGACGUUUGGCUUGUUUUGGCUGCCGUACCACGUUAUCAACAUGGUUCAGGUUGCAGCUGAGUGGUAUGACGAGGGCACACGUCAAAGAGAGAUAUUGGACCACAUCCAUAAAUCCAGCCGUGCAGUUACCUCAGCUUUUGCGUUCAUCAGCAGCUGUGCCAAUCCCAUCCUCUACACGUUCGCAGGAAAGUCAUACAUCAAGCAGAAUGGCUUUGCCUUCAUGGCUAAACUCUUCGAAGGCACAUCAUCAGACUCAACCGCAAACAAAACAAUUCGGAUGAUAAGUAAAAGCAAUGUAGGAAACAACGCAAAUUCUUUAAACACUGAUAAUUCUUUACAAAAUGGGACGACCGAAUUAACUUAAAACUUUUUAUUUUUUUUAAUGAAUCAGUAGUCCUCAGCUGGUCUGGCUUUGGGACCCAGCAUCACCCCCUAAUGACAAUCCAGUACAACGAUCUAAAAUCUCAGUACUUUUUCAACUUCUCAAAUUUAUUUAAAGAAAAGAUAACGCAGUUUAAACCUCAGAUUGCACAGAAUUAAGACUGAUUUUUGAUUACCGGUACUAGUCAGACGUGCUUCCAAAAAGACUCAGAAAUAUCAAGCUUGACCCCAGAAAACACCUUUACCUGAGGAAAAGGGCCGCAGCCCACUGAAAAUGGGUCUGUGACUCACUUUUGGGUCCCAGCCCACCAGCUGAGAAUCACUGAUACAAAUGAACUCUAAUAAAUGAGUAAUGUUACACAUGUACAUUUUUAUUAGUGUUGUUUUCUCUCAGAAUGUGAUACGUUUGACAAAGUCAGUCUACCAAAAACAAGUGCUUUAUUUGUAUCUGCACUUGUCUUAUUUUUUUAAAUUAUGCCUAUGACAUUUUCUACAGAGUGAAAAUACACAUUUCAAUUAAUGACGAGUACUUCUUAUUCUGGAAAAUUACACUGAAGAAAAAUUAUUCUAAAGGUAAAUAUCAAAAGCUUGAAAAACCACCUUUCACAAUAAAGGCUAAUCUGUUAUAAGAUAUUCUUUUAAUUGUAUAUAAUCUUGAUUAUUGGUUAACAAAGAACCAAUCCUGUUAUUUUACCAAGAUGUCUGCUGUAAAUCCAUUACUUAAAUCAUGUCACAUAACUUACUGAUGUCACUUUUAAUGUAAUAGUUCACUUUGAUAGCUGCCAUUUUCUUGUUUGAUCGCUAAUGUUCAUAUUUUUAUACUUUUUCUAUUUAUUGCCUUUAUUACUUUAGUGUUGCGGUUCAUGAGCUUGGUUCUUCUUGCCCUCAACUUAAGUUGUGUGGGACAAAUGUAUAUGCAUCUAUCUGGGCAUUUCUUUCUUUGUAAAUGUAUUUGAUUCUAUAUGCCAUUUGCUUUUAUGGUUUCAAUAGAGGGGCCAUCUGACAAAUAUUUAAAUUUGUAUCUAGUUAUAAAAUAC